AUGACAGACAUCAGAGCUGAAAGAAUAAAUAGUACAAGACUCUCAGACGCCCAUGAUAAUAAUUUAAGUAAUGAUGUUGCAAUUGCAAUAGCAUCAGAGAGGGAUUAUUUGCACGAUAAUAAGGAACUCUCCGAAAGACUUGGAAAUGCUCACUUGAACAUAUUGCCUAAGAAAAAAUUAAUAGUAUGCCUUACGGCAAUGUCCCUUGGAUUGUUUAUUUCCUUUUCCGAUCAAACUUCAGUUACAAUAGCAUUACCACACAUUGGGGCUGAUCUUGAUGCUAACAAUACUAUUAACUGGGCAGGUACCUCAGCAUUGUUGGCGAAUUGUGUCUUCCAAAUUUUGUUCGGUAGACUCUCAGAUAUAUUCGGUCGCAAGGCAGUGUUAAUGACAUGCUUGUGUAUAUUGGCCGCUUCUGAUUUGGCUUGUGGAUUUGCUCAAACUGGGGUACAAUUUUAUAUCUUCAGAGCGUUUGCUGGUAUCGGUAAUGGGGGGAUUCAAUCUUUGACAAUGGUUAUUGUGAGCGAUAUUGUAUCUUUGAAAGAUAGAGGUAAAUAUCAAGGCUAUUUAGGUGCAAAUAUAGGCUUAGGUAACGCGAUUGGUCCCUUCAUAAUGGCAGGUUUCAUUACACAUCUGUCAUGGAGAAACUUUUACUAUAUGAUGACUCCGUUGGUGCUACUUGUUGCAGUAACGAUCUUCUUCUUGGUUAAAAAUCAAACUCAUGAAAAAUUAGACCUGGUUUUAUCCAACAAGGAGAAAUUUAAGAGCAUAGAUUAUUUGGGUAUGUUAUUUUCAAGCGCUGCAUUGACAUUAAUCUUGAUUCCUGUCAGUGGAGGAGGCUCCACCUACAAGUGGAACAGUCCACUAAUUAUUGCAAUGUUUGUAGUCGGGGGUAUCUGCGUCUGUAUUUUCCUUAUUAUUGAGUGGAAAACUGCCAAAUUGCCAAUGAUACCAUUGAGAUUGUUUAAGAAGUUGCUGUUAAGUAUCAUCUUAGGAUCCAACUUUUUCUUUGGAAUGGCUUAUUAUGGGUUCAUGUAUUACAUGCCAUAUUACUUUCUGAUUAUUAGGAACUUGGAUGUCCUUCACGUAACGAUUUUCGUGUUACCACUUGUCCUACCUCAAUCAAUCGUAUCCAUUUUUGCGGGCCAAGUUGUUUCGUAUACCGGCCAUUAUCUCCCAACAAUCAUAUUUGGUUACGUAAUUUGGUUUAUUAGUUGCUGUUUAUUACUUAUUUGGGGAGUGGACACCAACUAUGGAGUUUGUGUGGUUAUAUUGUUGGUUAUGGGUUCCGGUGUGGGUUGUACCUUCCAGCCAACUUUGGUUGCAGCACAGGCAAAUGCAAGAAAGUCCGAAAGAGCUGUCGUUAUAUCCGCUAGAAAUGUUAUCAGAUCUCUUGGUGGAUCCAUUGGGAUUGCUGUUGGUUCUUUAAUUGUAUCCAACUCAUUGUUGAACGAAAUUAAAAAAGCUGAAGCAAACCCACAAGACUACGGAGACAUCUCCCAAACUUACUUGGAUUAUUUGAAAGACCAUAUUUUCAAUCAUGUUCAAGUCACUGGUAUUUCUGAAUCUCAAUCACAUGUUGUGAGAGGCAUGUAUAUGAAAUCAGUAAAAGAUUUCUUCUACUUAAUGAUCCCAUUGAUUGCCGUUUGCUUAAUUAGCAUUUUCUUUGUAAAGGAUAGAGGAUUGCAAUGUUUGGAUGAAAUACCUGAAGAAGAAAAAAAACAAAAUGAUCCUGAAAGUACCCCUGAGAGCGCCAAUGAGACUCAUAUUGAACAAAAAUAG